AUGCGUCUUCUCGAACUCCUCCCUGUCGGCCUGAGCUUGGCACAAUGGUCAACAGCUGCAGCCUUGCCUUCAUCCACAGGGUUGGAAACAUGCAAAAACCCACCUAAAAGGAAGAAAUCAUACAUCGAUGCGGUCCUGUGCUUGUCGCAUACGGAGGCCAAAUCUGGUCUCUCAGGCACCGUGAACCGAUUCGAUGAUCACCAAGCCGUCCAUAUGCUACAAAAGCCUCAGAUCCACUGGGUGGGACAUUUUCUCUUGUGGCACCGUUACUUCGUUGCAACCUACGAAAAGGCCUUGAGAGACGAAUGCGGAUACACCGGAGGCCAGCCAUACUGGGACUGGUCCCUGGAUGCUGAACCUCGGAAUGAAAACUCUACCCAUGCCUUUGAGUCUGACAUCUUUGACCCUGAGACAGGAUUCGGUGGCAACGGCUAUCCUGUCCAAGCUACGCCGGAACAGAACCGCUUAAACAUUACAGGCAAUACUGGUGGAGGCUGUGUGAUGAACGGGCCAUUCGCCCCUCCUCACUUUGCCGUGAAUGUGCCCACUCCGCAUUGCUUGAAACGUGACUUUGUUCCAUGGAUCAUCAACAGGUUUGCAGAUCGUAAUCUGGUCGAAGAAGUCCUGGCACAGCCCGAUUACACCAGUCUUGCAAGAACAGUUGAGAAGAAGCAAAGCUUCGAUCCCCCAAACAUUCAUGCCAGCGGUCACUUCGGUGUUGGUGGCAUCCUAGGGACCAUGGGAAACGCAGCGGAGAGCCCUGGUGAUCCACUCUUCUAUCUUCAUCAUGGAAACAUUGACCGCAUCUUUUGGGAAUGGCAACAGAAGGAUCUCGAGACACGUCUGAACCAAGUCGGUGGUCCCAUUACACCCUUUGAUUACAGUGGAAAGAAUGUUACAUUGGACUUCACCAUCAACAUUGGGGCGCUAGCAGGCGAUGCCACGCUCAAGGAUUUGCUGGAUACCGAAGGCGGAACGCUUUGCUACACUUAUUAG